AACCAAUCGCAAAGCAAUUCGUGGUUAAAGAGAAAAUUUAAAACUUUGUAAGACUACAAAGACGGACAGAAAUUAAAUUAUAUAUUAAAUUAUAUUAACUAGUAUUAAUUCAGAAAUUUUAUGAAUUAAAACCAAAAUUGUUUUAUAUAAUUAGGUCUCAUUAAUCACAUUGAAAUAAAAUAAAACAAGUUAUGGUUUAAAAUUGUAUAAAAAAUCGGUUUUAAAUUUAAAAUUAAUUGGAGAAUUUAUUUGAAAGCAAAGGCGUUAUUUUUCAUUUUAAUUGACUUGGUAGUCUGGUGUGCUCAUUUUAACUAUUUGCUCUCUUUUCAAAGAGAAGUGUAGUUUUUCGUGUCAUUUUUUAUCUGCUUUUAUUUAAUUCAAUUUUUUCACCGGUUGAAGAAGCAUUUAUUAGAAAUUUGUUAUAACAAAUAUUUGUAAAUUAAUUGGAAAUUACUAGAAUUUUAAAUAUUUAUUGAACAAAAUAAAACAAACAUGAAAUCCCAACUAGUUUAUUUAAUGUUAGUCGGCGUGGCUGUUUUAGCCCAAACAUCCUGGGCCUUAAAAGAAGAAGACUGUGAAGUUUGUAUCAAAACUGUUAGACGUUUUGCUGACACUUUAACUGAUGCCACCAAAAAAGACUACAAAUUGAUUGAGGCCGAAUUUAAAAAGUUCUGUAAAACACAAAAGAAUAAAGAACAAAGAUUCUGUUACUACUUGGGUGGUUUGGAAGAAUCUGCCACUGGUAUAUUGAAUGAAAUGUCUAAACCCUUAAGUUGGUCUAUGCCUGCCGAUAAAGUUUGUGAGAAAUUGAAGAAGAAAGAUGCUCAAAUUUGUGAUUUACGUUAUGAAAAACAAAUUGACUUGAAUGCUGUCGAUUUGAAAAAGCUCAAAGUACGUGACUUGAAGAAAAUUCUCAACGAUUGGGAUGAAGAAUGUGACGGUUGUUUGGAAAAGACCGAUUUUAUUAAAAGAAUAGAAGAACUGAAACCCAAAUAUGUUAAAACUGAAUUAUAAGAUUAAAUCACAAACAUAAAUCACAAUUAAAAAAAAAGACUUGAAUUAGUUAAAUAAAAACAUAAAAACACAAACAUA